UGAAUCUGUAUCUCCAUCACCCGCCACGCGUUUCCGUUGGACUCUCUCUCUCUCUCUCUCUCUCUCUCUCUCUCCCUCUCUCUCUCUCUCUCUCCCCAAGUUCUUGCUAACCUACAUAGUUCAUGUCUCCACAUAUAUACAUUCUCUCCUCGAUUGCCCAAUUUCUAUCACUGUUGUUGUGAGGGGAUUUCAGUAAUCUCUCUCUCUCUCUCUCUCUACAUCAGAGCCAUGUCUCCUAGCCAGCUGGACUCUAACGGAAAUGCAAGUGCUUCCCUCCAGGAUAACGGUUUUCCCGAUUCACUGUCAAUCUUGAACUCUGAGAAGGCAGUCCAGGAAAUUAUUCAGCAACCACUUAUGCAGGGAAUUGAGGAUAAUCUGAUAGAGUUCUCAGAGGCAAUGAGAACUGUUGCGAAGGCAUUAAGACGAGCUGCUGAAGGGAAGGCUUCUGCUCAAGCUGAGGCAGUUGAAUGGAAACGUAAAUAUGAAUUGGAGAGGGCACGGAAUCUUACGUUGGAGCACAAAGUGCUGUCAUCAGGGGAGAGUAAUGGUGAUGUUAAUGGUGAGAGGGCAGAUAGCUCUGCAGACCAACCUGUGCUGUCGAGUCAGACCUACAAGCAAUCAGAGGUGUGUUGUGGGAAGCAUGGACUUUGUUCCCAUGAGGUGCUUCGGGAUGGGGACCCUGAUUCUGAUUGCAAUGUUGUUCAGAAUAGGAUGACUAGAAAGGCAUCAUUUAAAUUAUCUUGGUGUUGCAAUGGCGAUAAUAGUGAUCAACAAAAACACGACAUUGUUUCUUUUGAGAGGGGAAAUAUAACGACUGCUGAACGUAGCAGUAAGCAGAUAUCGUUGAAGUGGGAAUCUCAGCCACAGACUGUACUUAUUUUGACAAAACCAAAUUCAACUUCUGUUCAUAUUCUAUGUGCAGAAAUGGUCAGAUGGUUGAAAGAGAAGAAAAAGUUGAACAUUUUUGUUGAACCACGAGUGAGGAUAGAACUUCUAACAGAGUCUUCAUACUACAACUUCGUACAAACUUGGCAAGAUGCAGAUAAGGAAAUUGUGCUCCUACACAUGAAAGUUGACCUUGUUGUAACUCUUGGUGGGGAUGGAACUGUACUUUGGGCAGCAUCGAUGUUCAAAGGGCCAGUUCCUCCAGUUGUCCCGUUUUCUUUAGGUUCUUUGGGCUUUAUGACCCCAUUCCAUAGUGAACAUUACAGAGAAUGCCUCGACUCUAUCCUUCGGGGUCCCAUCAGUAUCACAUUACGACAUCGGUUGCUGUGCCAUGUUAUUCGAGAUGCUGCUAAAAAUGAAUAUGACACCGAAGAAUCUGUUAUUGUUUUGAAUGAGGUUACAAUUGACCGUGGGAUUUCAUCAUUCCUUACGAAUUUGGAAUGCUAUUGCGACAACUCCUUUGUCACUUGCGUUCAAGGAGAUGGCUUGAUCUUGUCAACAACCUCUGGGAGCACUGCGUAUUCCUUAGCUGCUGGAGGAUCAAUGGUCCAUCCACAGGAUAAAUUCUAACCAAACAGAGCAUAGAUGGACCCCCUUGGAUUUGUAGUCCAAUCCUAUGCUUUAAUCCAAGUACAUAUUAUGCCAUAGGGUAAGUCAUCCCCUGGAAUUAUUGUUUGAGGGUGCUGUGUAUUUCAUAUUUUGUGGGAUAACUUCUGCAAAAAAAAUCUCACCGCAACCAAAAGUAGGAUAUCCAAACAAACAAACGAGGCCUUGGAGUUUUGAAUUUGUAAUAAGCCUCAGAUUGUAGUUUUAUGAAAAGUGCAGAAAAAGUAGGAGACCAAUGGGAAAGGUUUUGUUAUCUGUCAUUUUUGUUGGGAUUCAGCCCGUCUAUUAUAGGACAUUGUUUGAGAAGCUGUUCUAUGGGGAGCGGUUUUAGUCUGUCUGCUUUGAGAGCUGAAACUGUUGAUAUUAGAGAGUAGCUGAUAUCUCAUAUGUUGUAAGUUACAUGAGAAUGAAUUCGAAACUAUGGCACCUGGGAAACAUAACAGUCAGGUGAGGCACAUAUCCAUUUUCUGCCUGCCUUCUAGUAUUCUGAAAGUUGGGUCAGGAUAAAGUUGGAGCUGAUAAAAGAUCUGAUUUACUGUUUGUGUCAGUUCAUCUCUAUUACAUUUCGUGUCAUGUCGUUAAGUUGAAGUGACAAUUAUUUGUUUUUUUCCCCUUUGGUUGGUUGUUUUCCUGAUGAGCUUCUCUAUGGGAAUCACCUGAGUACCCUCGAUCUUUUGAAUGGUGGUAGUAAGUUUUGAAGUUAUGUCCCAUCGCAUAACCCUUUAUUUUCUUUCUUGUAGUAAGGAAUUAAGGAUCUGUUUAGUUUCCAGAGACGGAAGAGAAAUACAGGAAAAACUAUGUUUCGUGCAUUUUUUUUCACUUUCCAGGGAAGUUGGACUUGUGAAGACUAUUUCUUUAACUUUUCUAGUAGGAUUAGUUUUACUUUUCCCUCAAAACGUAUGCUACAAAAACUGCAUCCAUCUGCAAUUCAAUGAUCAUCGUCCACUUUUCUUGCGGAAUUCCUUUGUAAAUGAACAGUCUUGAAAUUAGACAUCCUUCUCCUUCUCCUUCUCCUUUCACUUCACUUUGUUGUUUUUACUUUCCCUGCAAAUAAUUUUCUCGCAUCAAGUUGUUGGCAAUUGAACAGAGCCUUAAAUGAAUGUUGGUUCAGAAUAAUAUAAAAUCACAGUAUGUUGCCAAUGUUUUUGAGAUCCAAUAUUGAGUUUUUGGCAUAUUUUCCCUGCUGGAAAUUUUGUGAUGGGCUAAAUGCUUCAGUAGGUUUCAUUACACUUAAGUAUUAUCAGAGUAGUUCCGUCGCUCCACUCCCUUCUCUUUCUUCCCUCUUUAUCUCUCCUCUCUUGGCACCGCUCUCUGUCUCUCCUGGCCAUCCUCUAAACAUCUCUAGAGCACGGAAGGAAAUAGACUGCUAGCCAUGCACAUGAACAACCACGUCCAUGACCCCUCAGACCUCACAUACAUACAUGUAUGUCUCUUUCAUUUAGACGCAUGCCUACUAGUCUCAUCCAUGAAUGAACCAUUCAUGUCAGGUGUGAAUGCUGAUUGAUAUAUAGGAAAAAUUCCUCGAAAAUGAAGUAUUUUGCAAUUUAAAAAAAAAAAAAAUUCUUGAUAC